CAAUCAUUGGAACUUCCUUGUCAAAAGAGAAUGGAUGUUGUGAUUUUAGCUAGCUAAAUAACUUCAAAGUUGGUUAGCUAUCCAGUUUACUCCAAUAAUAAUUGUAAUCUCUCCGUUUGGCCAACUCUUACACCAAGGUUUUCGCGUAUUCGAAAUGGGGAAAGGCUGCAAAGUUGUGGUGUGUGGUUUGGCAUCUGUAGGAAAAACAGCCAUCCUUGAACAGCUGUUAUAUGGCAAUCACGCAGUUGGUUCAGAGUCCACUGAGACCCAGGAGGAUGUGUAUGUGGCGUCGGUGGAGACAGACCGCGGUGUGAAGGAACAGUUACGUCUCUAUGACACCAGGGGGCUCCACGACGGCCUGGACCUUCCCAAGCACUACUACUCGGUGGCAGACGGCUUUGUGCUGGUCUACAGCGUGGACAGCCUGGAGUCCUUCAAGAAGGUGGAUGUCCUCAAGAAGGAGAUAGACAAAUCCAGAGACAAGAAAGAGGUGAUGGUGAUUGUGCUAGGGAACAAGACGGACCUGCGUGAGCUUCGUCAGGUGGAGCACGAGGCAGCGCAGCAGUGGGCGCGGGGGGAGAAGGUCAAGCUCUGGGAGGUCAGCGUCACUGAGAGGAACUCUCUCAUUGAACCCUUCACCAUGCUCACCAGCCGCCUCACACAGCCUCAGAGCAAGUCUGCCUUCCCUCUUCCAGGACGCAAGAGCAAGGGCACGACGUCCAACGACAUCUGAACUGAACUCAACCUUGAGCGUACCUAAGAUCCAAGUACUUCGGGGGAGGGGGAGAUGUGUCAGAGUAGGAUCGAUGAGUUAGCCAGCCAACUUACAUUAAUAUUCUGACUUCAUAUCAAGAGAUUGCCAUGAAAUAUGGGCAAAGACAUAGUAACUGACUCGACAACCGACAACCCAUUAAAUUCCCUUAAAAUAAA